AUGGAAGUAGAGAACGUUGGUAUCCCAGUGAUCUUACAAGACCUAGACCUCAAUGGUGACAAGGCAAGAAGGAACUCUAUCCCAGUAAUCCCACAGGAACUGGAGCCCAAUGAUGGUGAUGUCAGAAGGAACUCUAUCUCAGUGAUCCCUCAGGAAACAAAUUCCAAUGUCGGUGAUAUCAGAAGGAAUUCUAUCCCAGAGAUCCCACAGGAAAUGGAGCCCAAGGAUGGUGAUGUCAGAGGAGACUCUAACCUAGUGAUUCCACAGGAAAUAGAAGCCAAUGGUGGUGGUGAUAUUAGAAGGAGCUCCUUCGGGAAAGUAGAUCCCCCUCCUGAUAUAAAAAGGAACUCUAUCCCAGUGAUUCCACAGGAAAUGGAAUCCAAUGGUGAUGAUAGGAACUCUAUUGCAGGGAUCCCACAGGAAAUAAAACCCAGUGGCAGUGAUAUCAAAUGGAACUAUAUCCCAGCGAUCCCACAGGAAAUGGAGACCAAGGGUGGUGAUGUCAGAAUGAACUCUAUCGAGAGUGUAGAUUCUCCUGAUGUUAUCAUCAGGAAUUCUAUCUCCAUGAUCCAACAGGGAAUGGAAUUUAAUGGUAGUGAUGCUAGCAGGAGCUCUGUUGUAGUGAUCCCACAGGAAAUUGAACCCAAUGGCAGUGGUAUCAGAAGGAACUCUAUCCCAGUGAUCUUGCAGGAAAUGGAGCCCGAAGGUGGUGAUAUCAGAAGGAACUACCUCUUAGUGAUCCCACUGGAAACAGAGCCCAAUGGUGAUAAUAUUAGAAAAAAUCGUCUGAAAAUUGGUGUAAAGAUUCAAUCCCGUUAUCUUAGAGCUCGAACAGGUUCCUGCCAUGAUUAUUGCAAAUAUGGAGUGAGAAAUCCUUCUCAAGAAAAUGCACCCACUGCAAUGCCAAAAUUGGAUACAGCAACUGGAAGUGCAGGCCAGAAUCUCAAAGCAACUAAUUCAGCAGACACAGAGAGGAAAAAGAUGCCCACAACCAGUCCAAAGCCUUCUCUAGAUUCCGACACUCAGAAACUUGACUAUUCAGUUGUCACAGAGAAAAAGGUGAUAUCCACAACUGCUCGUAAGUCUUAUCCAGAUUCUGGAACCCGGAAACUUAAUAAUUCUGUUGUCACCGAGAAAAAAGUUUUAUCAUUGACAAAGAAAGAAAUUAUUUCUUCAAAGAAAGUUUCGUCUCCCAAGGAAAUAGAUGUUUGUACAGAAUAUUUGGUUGAUUCGAAGGUGAAGGCCGAUCAAUUAGAGCCAUCUUCUCUCCCAGGAUCUGUCCUAAGCCUGAACAAUUUGGAGGGGAUAGCGACAAUCAAUCCUAAGUCAUCUCCAGAUUCGGAGAUCCAGACAUCUGUUGUCGCAGAGAAAAGAGUUUCAUCUUCCUUUAAUGAUAUAGAAGUUUCUUCAGAAGAUUCCGUAGAUUCGAAGUUGAAGGCUGAGCAAUUAGAACCAUCUUCUCUCCCAGGAUCAGUACUAAGCCUGAGUAAUUCGAAGGGGAUAUCCACAAUCAGUCCUAAGCCUUCUCCAGAUACAGAAACCCUGAAACUUGAUCAUUCUGUUGUCACGGAAAAAAGAGUUUUACCAUUGAAAAAGAAAGAAAAAGUUUCUUCGAAAAAAGUUUCAACCAACAUUAAGGAAAUUGAUGCUUGUACGGAAGGUUCCCUUUCAAGGGUGAAGCCUGAGCAACUAGAGCCAUCUUCUCUCCCAGGAAAGGGUUCACAUAAUGAAGGAAAGAGUGGAAGCAGAAAAGUCAAGGAAAUACUAGAAGGUUCAAGCAGCAGAGGAAAUAGAAAAAUCAGCAGCAGAACCCUGAGGACUUCUGUAUUGGUUGAGAAAAAGAUGUUGGGGCCUGAAACUGUUUCUUUGACUUCCAUGCACCCGGUCAAGAGAGUCUCCAAUGUGAAUACUGGAAGCUGUGAGAAAGUCAAAGGGUCGUCUCAUCUGAAAGAUCAAAACAAUCCCAGAGAAGUUGAGCCUGAGGGAUCUUGCAAUAAGGACAUGCCAGAAAAGAUUCUGUACGUUUUUGAAUCAAAUACUGAGAAUAGUACUGUGGAACUAACACCAAAUGGCAUUAAUGCUCCUAAGUUAUUAUCACCCUCACCCUUGAAAGUCAAAAGCUUGAAGCAAGCAAGGAAGGGAAUUGGUAGCACUCGAUCACCUCCAUCCUCUGAGAAGACAAAACUGAAACGUACUGCAAAUGGAGGUUAUGGCCGUUCACCUGCUCCUCUAUGCCCCGAUAACAAAGGGUUGAGACGUAGUACUCUAGCAUCUUUAUCUUCUUUGUCACCGGCAUCAUCAUCCAUGUCCAUCUCCCCAUCUCAGUCCACUCAUAAAAAAGAAAGUGGUGCCACCUCUCAACACAAUACAAUGAAUACUGAUAAUCAAAUAGUAAAUUUAAAGGCGGAGCGCAAGACUAGGCCUCGAAGGUCUGGAGUACUUAGCUCUGACGGUAAAAACAGCCUAGCCCGAAAGCUAAAAUUCAGGAGAGGAAGGGUGCUUGACCUCCAGCCUGAGAACAAUACUCCAAGGAGACUCAAAUUCAGGAGAGUCAGAUUGGUGAGGGACACCCAAAACAGAAGAAGUGGUAUCAAAGGGGAAAUCAAUGGGAGGAAGGAAGUUGAUGACAAUCAGUCAAAUGGCACUGCUAUCAGAAGGGGAACCAUUGGUAGGGAGGAAGUUGAUGAUAGUCAGUCCAAUGGUGCUGGUAUCAAAAGGGGAAGCAUUGGGCGGAAGGACGUUGAUGACAGUGAGUCAAAUGAUGCUGGUACUGAAAAGGGAAGCACUGGGAGGAAGGAGGUUGAUGACAGUCAGUCAAAUGGUGCUAAAAUCAAACGUGAGAAAGUUGUUAUGAAAAACCACGAACGAGAUUUGGAAGGUUCCCGAAGGAAGAGCUUCAGGAGAAAAUAUGGUCGUGCUGGCAUGUUGAAUGGUACUGACACUAGUCCUGAGAAAGUUGUGUUGAGACACCAAGAUGUGAAAGGAAGGAAGGAUGUCCAGAAAUUGUUCAAUAAUGUGAUUAAAGAGACUGCCAGUAGGCUUGUCGAAUCCAGGAAGAGUAAAGUCAAGGCCUUGGUUGGUGCUUUUGAGACUGUGAUCUCUCUUCAGGAUGCCAGACCCUCGACAGUGGAAGAUGCAUGCUGA